CGAGUGCACCUUCCGUCUGCCAUCCCGUUUCUCUUUCUGCUGAACCUCACUCUAACUUCGGCAUUCCGACUACUGUCGCUCUUUCUAUCGAGUUGCGGACGCACGAACUUCUAUGUCCCGCCUAUCUCUCUCUCUUCUUAUUUAUAGUCCGACUCUUGUCAUUUUUCCUGUGCGACCGUCAUCACUCUUUCUGGUACCUUCCACGACCUUUCAGAUCAGCUUUUGUUCUGUUUCGUUUCCUCCCUUGUUCUUAUCACGGUAUUUCGAUAUCUCGUCUUCCAAGCUUCGACGCCUCCCUACACCCUCUUGCGUGAUACCCCUGACGUAUGAAGCACCUCCAUACGACCGAGAAAUGCAGCUUGGUCGCAGUUCAUUCUUGGAUUUCGACUUCUUCUCCCCAAUCUUUGGCCCCAAUACAUAGUCGCCCCAGAUUCUCUCGGCGCUCUAUACCCAUUUAUUCUUUCAUCACACCUUAGGC